UGUCAAUUCAGCGUAUUGGAUACGGACGGAUAAUUUGGUGUCGUAAAAUGAAUUGGCUAUAAAUGAUACACAUAAUAGCGUAAAGUUUUCAAAUUUAAAAAAAUAUUAAGAAGUAUUUACCAGCUAGUAUUAUUAAAUUAUAAACAAAAAUGGCUGAUAUUCUCGAUAUAUUAGAUAUUGAACAGCCUGGGACUGCAGAAAUCACCAGAGAUAGCAUUUUACAUGGUGAUAAAAUAAAAAAGAAGUAUGUGACGGCCAAAGCUGCUCGUAGACCCGAAGGAAUGCAUCGGGAAGUUUUUGCAUUACUCUAUAAUGAUAACAAGGAUUUGCCUCCUCUUUUACCAACUGAUACAGGCAAAGCAUAUAAACAAACAAAAGCAAAGCUUGGUAUGAGAAAAGUGAGGAAAUGGGUAUGGGCCCCAUUUACCAAUCCAGCUCGUAAAGAUAAUGCAGUCUUCUAUCAUUGGAAAAGAAAAACAGAUGAAAGUAAGGAAUAUCCAUUUGCACAAUUUAAUAAGCAAGUUUCAAUACCAUCUUAUUCAGAGUCUGAAUACAAUCAAUACUUAAAAUCUGAAGAUUGGAGUCAGGCAGAGACAGACCACUUGAUGGAUCUGUGUCAGCGCUUUGAUCUCCGUUUCAUUGUUAUCCAUGACAGAUGGGAUCGAGCUGCUUUUAGGGAUAGAAGUGUGGAAGACUUAAAGGAGCGCUACUACAACAUAUGCGGCAUUUUAAGCAAGGUAAAAACGAAUCCAUGGUCAAACACGGUGACUAUGGUUAAUGGAGAGAAACGGGUGUAUCAUUAUGAUGCAGAACACGAGAGGAAGAGAAAAGAACAGUUACGGAGAUUGUUUGACAGGACAAAAGAACAGAUAGAAGAAGAACAAACACUACUGGCUGAACUUAAAAAAAUCGAAGCCAGAAAACGUGAAAGAGAAAGAAAGACACAAGACCUACAAAAGCUGAUAUCAAGAGCGGAUGGGAACAGUGCUGCGGCUAACCAAACGGCUGUAACAAAUGAUGGAAUGAACACACCAUCUACUGUGUCGUCUAGCAUUGCUAGGAGACAUGAUAGAAAACUUCACAAGAAGAAACUGGCCGCACAACAAAGACCAAUGCGAGCUAUUGAAACUGUAACAGUAGAAUGGUCCGGUAUAAAGUUCCCGGAGGCUCGCGGCACUGGAGUGUGGCUGCGCUCACAGCGCAUGAAGCUGCCUCCUGGUGUAGGACAGAGGAAGACCAAGGCCAUUGAGCAGGAGUUGCGACUCAUGAAUAUCGAUAUUGCCCCAACACCAACGGAGGCCAUAUGCAAACAUUUCAAUGAGCUGCGCUCAGACCUUGCUUUAGCUUUGGACCUCAAGAAUGCAUUGACUUCAUAUGAGUUUGAACUGCAGGCACUAAGACAUCAGUAUGAAGCUCUCAAUCCUGGCAAGACUUUGACAAUCCCGCCGUCAAUUUGUAAUAUGUCGACUGAAGCGGACACAAAGCCUCUCGGUGAAAUAAUCGAUGUAGUUGGCUCUCCAGGCUCGCACAACAACACCAUCUAGUAUUGCCUCUGCCGAGCUUUCAAUCGAGCUUUGUAAAGACAAUCUCACAUGGUGACUGUGUUGUGAUAAUCAUAACAAAUGUCUAAUGAACAAUAAUAUCCAUCUUGUAUUUUAUCAAGUGAAUAAAAUGAUUGCCAUUUCAAUGUUAACAUGUUUAAGAUAUAAUUAAAGUACAUGGAUCAAUUUGAUUAUAAUGUCAAGUAUACUAGGUAUUGUGUUAUUG